AUGUCCUCAGAAAGGCCCUCAGACACGUAUAUACCGGGUCAAUCACCUUACACAGACCGCCAGAAUAUAGUGAGAGCUACUGCCGUUGCAGUAUCCGUUGUAGCAGCUUUCUUCGUUUGUCUCAGGCUUUUAUCGAGAUAUAUAAGACGGAUCAAGCUAGGACUUGAUGAUGCCUUCAUCGUUGCUGCACUGGUAAGACGGCAUGGUAUCUGCACAGUGCCAAUACAGAUGUUGGGGUUGACUGAGAUAGGUAUUUACCUUCGCUUCAAUGGCCCUUGCUCUGCUGUGUACAUAAUGGUUCCUUGGGAGUGCGUAUAUUGCACAGGGGUCGUCCUGGUCAAACUUUCCGUUUUAUCAUUCUACAGCCGCAUAUUCGAGACUCGAACCUUCAAGACUGCGGCUUAUAUUCUUUCCUUCACGACGAUUUCAUGGGGAAUUGCCAUUAAUUGCGUCAACAUAUUUCAAUGCAUCCCGGUCCACAGGGCAUGGGACGUGAUGGCAUCCGGUAGCUGCAUCGACACGAAAGCGUCGUUCAUUGGGAAUGCGGUACCUAAUAUUUGUACCGACUUCUGCAUCUUACUGUUGCCGAUGCCAGUUAUAUGGCGGCUUCAUGCGUCUGUUCUCCAUCGUUUAUCUAUCGCCACGAUUUUUAUCCUAGGGGGAUUUGUUAUAUUUGCGAGUAUCUAUCGCUUCGUAACGCUUUUUUCUAUGGACUUCCAGAACGUGAGCUACACCUUCUCAGAUCCAAGCCUUUGGAGCCUGAUUGAAGUCGCUUUCGGUAUUGUAUGCGCUUGUCUUCCUACCCUCCGACCACUCCUUUCUACUUUUUUUGAUGCGUUCAACUCUACCCUAAAGUCCACUCGCAACAGCACCAGCCAUCCAACUCAGCGCCCAAGAGCGUAUGAAAACGGUUACAAAAUGAACAUGGUAGACCAGAAGGGUGGGGAACCGAAACGAAAUUUCCAGAGGAUCAACGAACUUGAACGCCAACUCAACCCAGACGCAAAACAGCGCUCCAAAAAUCAUUUUAUUUCUGUAGCCCGGUCCAACAGGGGGAAUAUAACACCUUUUGAAGAGUAUGUCUCCACUACAUCCGGGGAUGAAGUACCGUUAAAUGCGAUUAGGGUCAAAAAUAGCGUGGAAUGGCAGGUUGCUGCCCGAUGA